AAGCUGUUAGGCACAUAAACUAUUUUGGCACCUCAGGCUGGGAGUGUGAAACUUAGACAUGGGCUUGUAUGGUGUGCUGGAGCCUGGGGGAGCAAAUGCCUCAAUCCCUGCCUGGUGCUGCAAGGUAGAGGGAGGCCUGACCCCAGUGGCCUCGUAGGCCUGGUGUGCUCUGGGUACAUUGGUGCACACAAAUAGCUCCACAGUUUCAUCUGAACUACAGAGAGGAAGAAGGGUGCUUGCCUUUAUGACAGCAUGGUCACCAGAGCACUGAGGACUUUGUCCUGCAUGCAGAAGUUCAGCCCCUCUCUCCCACGGAACCUCUGUACCUCCAGACCAAGGGGGUAGAAGUGGCUUUCUGACGGCUGUUUGUUGAAGUUGGGCCCACAUGCAUGGCGGGAUGGUUCAUACAGCCAGAAGAUGGCCAAACUCUCGGCCAGAGCUUGGCAGGGGUGGAUGAAAAGGGGACUGAGACGGGAUCUCUGCCAAAUUCAGACAGCAAAUCUGUUUUGUGUAUACAUGUUCUGUUGAGGGAAGUGCCAGCCUUCCCCACAAGGAAAGGAGGUUUUAAAGGUAGCUCUACCUAUCAGUGCUUCUGUGGUUUGUGAUGAACUGCUGCAAAAACAAAUAGGUCUUCCUGUUUCUGAGAGAUUAGUAAAUUUAGGAAGGGCACUGUAGUUAGUGUGUAACUGCUAGGUGACAACAAAACAUUUUCAAGACCAUAUUCAGUUUCCAGUAGUGGAAAAUUCAAAUGUUUUUAGCUAUUUUCCAAUUUAUUUUGAAAAAUGGGAUUGUCGGCUCUUUAAUCUUCAGUUGAAGUUCACUGUCUGCUCGGCAGUGACUGGGAUAGCUAAGAAUCUUCCUUCUGUAAACCUUGACCAAACCCGGAACAUCUCCCUGUGAAUCAUCUUGGCUUUUGUUCAGCUCAGUGGUGUGUUUACUUCCAGAUCUAGUUUCACCAAUGUUUGAAAUGAUAGGUUUGAAUCUCUUGUGAAGGGUGUUGAUUUAAACUUGAGUGUAAAAAAAAAAAAAAAAAAAAAAAAAAAAAAAAAAAAAAAGGACAUUCAUGGUGUAGCCACUGUGCACUUUGUCUUGAGAGAGGGAAAGGGAAUGCUGCCAGCUCAUGCUCUCAGGACCUCUGUCCCCAGUGGCAAGGGCCUCAUCAUUGUAGCAGUAUUUGGCCAACAAUAAUUGGGAUGUUAGAUACUCCCAUAAAAUUGCAACAACUCUGAUUUCUACUGGCUUCUUCCAAUGCCUGUGUAAAGUUAUUCUAAAACACCUCCUUUAUGCAAUGUCUGGUUACCACUCAUCUUCCUGGGCAGCUGCCAACUACUCCAGCCUGUUCACAUCUCUUGAGAGGCACUGCUGGGGCUGUUAAAAGUGGUUGUGGGCCGCUGGUGGGGGUGGAUAUAAAGCAAUAAAUAAAUAAAUAAAUAAAUAAACUUUAUAAAAAGUCAGGAUCCUCCUGGACUUUUAAGUGUGGUUAGGCAGUCUGAGCUCAGUGCAUGUGCCCUGUAGAGCCGUACCUCUAGUCUUGUUUGGAUUUGAAUUAAGAUCCAUUCCCAUUUCCUCUUCUCUCGUCAUUCAUUUAAUCUAUUUUCAUGUAUGAUAUGUACUAGAGUCUUCUGUUUCCCUUCUUAAUUCCAGCCAUAGCAUUUUAAUCCUGAUUUAUACCAUUUACGUAUUUCCUUUCUCUCUCCACAUUGUUGUAACUGGUUAAAGGCUGUGACAAUGAGGAGCAGAAAUACUGAACAUGGUUUCCAUCAUGUGGAAGCUCCAUGAUUUGAAGUUUUUGUUUUCAUCAUGAAACAGGGUAAUAAUCAUAUGUAAAAUAAUUAUUACAUAACUAAUGUAAAAUAACAAAUGAGAAACUGUUUCACAUAAAAUAAAAAAGUACUGGAUGUGUGUGUGCAGUUAUAAAGAAAUAUUCUAUCUUGAUUCUUGUAGGUCAACAGAGGUCCCCAAAAAUAGUGUUAGUGGUAAAGAAACAGUAUUUUUCCAUGCAAGAUCGUUUGGGUUUUCUUCAUUUUUUUCAUAGAUACAGUAGGAGCUAUUUUUCAUUAGUUGUCUGGAUACUAUAUGUCUAUCCAUGUGUUUUCCAUGUGGCUCUGUGGUCAUGGUAGAUGGCUGAGACUUUCUGAAUGCCAUUCAGUGUUACGUUAAUCUGGUAUCUGAAGGCCGUCAUUUCAGAGCUGGACAUACUUAGCCAUGCUAGGGAACCCCAGUGCACAGACAGAUGCUCCUGCCUAAAUACCUUCUUCUUGGCUGUUCUGUUGAGGAAAAAAAAAUGCAUCCAGCUGUUUCCAGUUCUUUGGUAUCAGGGCUAUAGACAGGGACUGCUGACAGCUCUAUUUUUAUUGCUUGCUGGCAUUACUGCAGGAGGAGAAAAUAUUGGAUUAAAAACUGACACAGAAUACAUGAAGUCUUGAGCAUUAAGUUAGAUUAUAAAGUAACCAUCAGUGAUUGUCGUGAUUUUUUCCUGAUCUGCUUAGAGCAAAGAACUUAUCUUGAAUUGAAUUCUUUCCUUGUUCUUGUCAAAAGCCAAGUUAUUUUUUUUUAUAAGAGAUUUCAGUCUCUGUGUUUUCUUUUCUUGUGUCCUGAUUUCAACUCUUGUUUUGUUGUUUCUAUCUGAGUCCAAAGUGAUCUGCAGUCCAAAAAAAAAAGGAUUUAUUCCUUCAUGUUUACUGCCCCAAUACAUACCAUAUUGUACAUCCUUGUCCAACUUGGUGAAUUUAUCUACAGUUCACAGGAACAGUGUUGUCAGUUCAGUAAUUGGAUGAACUGGUUGCUUGCCUAAUGCAGCAUUAGGAAGAAAUACUAUCUCUCUCAACUUUUACAGCCCAGUGCAUAGGGGAUUCAGCAUAUUAAAAUUCCAAGUUUUAAGCUUUAUCAUGGGAUAGAUUUAUAACAUUCUCUUCUUAAUUCAAACAUAAAUCUCUCAUGAGAAAAACUGGCUCAGAUUUACGAAAAUUGUGCUUUUGGCCCUUGUACUAUUAUUAAUCUUCUGCAUACUGGGUCAGACUUGGAUUGAGUCUGCAUUUAAGAGCUGCAGGUGCAAGGCUUAUAAUGCUGAGAGUCAGUGUGUCCCUGGGGGCUAUGUGAGAGGAGCGACUUCUGAUCGUGUGCUCCUGCCAGCACUUGUUCCCCUUCUCCAAGGGGUGUCUAAAGAGCGGAGGCAAUUGUUCCUGUAGUGCAAUAGCUCAGACACGCACCUGCUCAGCUUUAUUUUCCUUCAGGGAAGCAGGCAAUAGCAAUUAUUUCCGCUUCAUGACUUUACUCUCCGUUUGGUGGUCUGAGCUAGGGCUGUAGAUGCACUGAAGGCUUUUUGGCCUCCUCCAGCCUGAAGCCCUUGGAAGAAGCAGCUGCCGAGCUCAAGGAGACCACAGCUAGAUUGCACAAGUGCUCUUUCUGCAGAGUUCAGCUCAGGGCCUGUGUGAAGGGAGGCAUGUAUUAGAUCAUCUCCACCAGGGCAGAAAAGCUGAGAAGGGAGAGUCACAGUGGAACAAGGCGCAGUCUUUCACAACUGCAUGUAGGAAGACGUGGCUGUUCUAUGUGAAGCUUCUGCCCUGGUUUGCUUAUGGACUUUUACAGCAUGAGAACGUGUAAGGCCAGUGGGACUGCAGUAAGCUCUUCUUCGGUUGUGACAAAAAACUUAGCUAAGAAUUGACUUCUGAGGUGGUGUUCUUUGCCUCAGGAGAAGCCUAACCUUAGCUCAGAGAAGGUUAGAUUCCAAUCUUUUGAAGCCUGAAUGAGGAAAAAGGAUAUCCUACUGAUAAUUAAGUGUUUUUCCAGACAUAAAGACCACAUAAAUAAAUAAAAUGGAAAAAAAAAUCACUGGAAAAAAAAUUAAACUGGCUUAAAUAUUAGCAAGGUGACUAGCUAAUGUUCUGUGAGAUGAAAACCAAGUGUCCUCCUGUUCAAGUUGCUCAGUGUAGUGCAAGGGAAAUUGAUUGGUGUCAGUAAUUCAGAAGGCUGGAACAAGGGAACAUAAUUGUGCUUCAGGGCUCAAAAAAGAAGAUUCUGAUCAAGCUAUAAGUAAAUGAGAGGAAUUUGCAGGAAGAGAGGUGCUGGUUUGGACCUCUGGUCUGUUUAGUUCUGUUUUCUGUUCCUGGGAUCAGCUAGAAAGUGUAAAGCUUUCCCACAGAUGGCUGUUGUGCCAUAAUUUAGCCAAGAGGGAAGGCGGUUCCUGUGCCUGGACAGCUGCUGGUUUGUUUGUAUUGUGGAGCACAGCACUUUUCCCAGCAACUUCUUACUGUCUUCCUUUUGUUACCACACCGAAUUGUGUAAGUAUGUAAAAAUGCUGCUAGGCUCUUUGCCCCAGGAAACCUAUGCAAUAGUCCAUCACAAAAUCAACGUUAUCUAGACCAUACUAACUAUGCAUAGUCUUUUUUAUUAAUGUGAUUUCAGCUUUAAAUUUGUAGUUACACUUUUUCUUCAUUUUGCAGUGUUUUCCAUCUCUUUGCUGUAUUUCUGUCUGUCAGAUUACUUGCAAGUUACCUCUCACAAACAGGUCUUCUGGUUGUCUUUCUAAACCCUUUUCAUAACUUCUCUUUCUCUGUUGUGUUAUUUCAGCAUCUCCUUCGUGAUCCACUGCUUUCAGAAUGAAAUCCCUUUCUAUUUCCAGGCACAAAAGAAAAGAAAGCCAGUCACAUUGUCUUCUUUUUCCUGGAAAGCAGGAGGACUCGAAUAAUCGGUCUGCAGAUUCCCAGAGUUUUCGUGCUUUUGCAUGACUUACUGUUAGAAGUGGAGGUGAAGGAAGCCCUGUAGGUGUGUUCACACGCCCACUAGUUACUGCAGAUAUCACUGUUAGAGGGUUUUCCUAAAGCAGGUGUAGAUAUGAGCUCUUUAUCAUGCACCUUGCAGGCGUGCGUUGGCAUGACAGUAUUUAUUUUUCUCUCCUCCCAGCCAACAUACUACUGCCAAGGUUUAUGAUGAAUAGCAACGCAAACGCGUUGUCCUUGUCCUGCCUUCUCACACUUUCAAACCUUCUUGAAGUGCCUCUGUGUCCUUUAUGGACAUGACAGAUCAGACCUGCUUAUAAUCGCCCUUUCCAGAAAGUGAAUAUUUUUUAAACUUUGGCAAGCAUAUGCCUGUGCCAUACAUCUGCGUAGGGGUGUGUGUGUGUGUGUGCACCAUUCUUGCUCACACAGUAGCAAAGUACCUGAGGGCAAAUUUCUGAGAACUAUUUACGCAGUUUUACUAUGUUUUACCAGUGUUCACCUGUUUCUAGCCACACUGACCCUAACCCCUCUUCAAAUGAAGAGCCCUGCUCCAGACCUUAUCCUCCAGCAACAGAACUACUAAGCAGCUGGCCUUGGAAGUUAAACCAUUCGUAGAAUCUAAGCCAUCAGAGUCUGUCUGACCUGCAGCAGAAGCAGCUGUUGCUGUGCUCUGUUUCUUUAAUCAUCUGGAGACCUGCAGAAGUGUUGUUAAGCUCUUUGAAGGAAUUUUGGGAUCGACUGCAUCUCGUGGGUCUGAAACGCAGACAGGCAAAGAGGUAGCAUAAAUGUGGUGUUUGGCUGGGGUGUGAAACUGCAAGCCUGAGCUUGCUUUCUCUAUGGGGAAGUUCCUCAGCUGUUGUUCCUCUGGGGCUACUGGAGCUGCAGACACUUAUGUCAUUCAAGGAUCUGUCCCAAAUGUGUAAUAACAACCCAUCGUCCCUAUUUCCGGACAUUUUCUUUUACACCUCUUGCUUUGUGAGCACUUAAAGCAGUGCUGCUGUGACGUGUUUCUGGAACACAGAUCUGAGAAUGUGUUUUGUAAGUUUAUGGCUGGCAGUAAAUCUCAUAAUGAUUGAAAUCUCUGGUUUAGCCAGCUUUCCCAGUUCGGGAUCAGAUAUUUCACCUUUGUUUCUGUUGCAUAGUUCUAAAUGUGUUACCUGAUCAGCAGAGCUCUGACUAAGGGCAGCCUGCAAACUUGCUGCAAAAUAUACCCCUUCAUCAUAACGGAGCAAAGACCUGACAUUUCUUCUGAGUCUCCUUUCAGCUUUUAAUAUUUUAUAUCACAGUGAUCCAUUUUCUAUCAUGUUCUUUUUAUUUAAUGAGUUGUUGAAAAUAUUUGCCGCCUUCUCCAAACAUCUCUGUCUUGUAGUCAUUCUGGUGGCAUCUGGAACUGAAGUUUUUCAAUACUGUUUAUCUGAUUUAGCUCAUUCAAAACUUCUAUCAGAGGAAUCUGGAAGUCGUUAAGAUAAUUUAUGUUCUCCAUCUAAACCCAUUAAAAUAAUACUGACUGUAAUUCUCUGGACGCUGUGUAUGUGUGUGGUUUGCUUUUAGACUUUGUUUCCAGUAUGUCCCAAUAAUAUUGGCUUUCUACAUUAGAGUGGAAGGAUGAUUGCUGAGUUAAAUUUGAUCAUCUUAUUUUGGCUUCAUAAUGGGAAGACAGAAAUGAAAAAGCUUACAGUGAUGAACACCAAAGAGAGAAUCUAAGACAACAAUCUGGGUACAAUGCCUUCUGCUGCAAGUGAUUUGAUUUCUCUACUUCUUCUAUUUUUGCCUGAAAAUCAGGAAUAAUUCUCCUUUUCCUCUUGUCCUUUUCUCAGUCUAUUAUCUGCAAAAUGAUUAAAAUCUUUCAUGUAAAUGUACGGACUGACAAAAACUGACCCCAAGACUUAGAGAUAGGAUCAGAGUCCCAACUCCUUGUUAAUGAGGACGGCAGCGGAGGGAGGUUGGUACUUCUCUGGAAUACAAUGGCAUACCUAAUACAUGUCUGUACAGUUCUGAUUCUAUUGGUAAAUGUAUUCCCACACAGAUGUACAUUAGUACAACCUUUUAACAACUCUUAAGUGUUACACUGAAGAUUUUUGGGCAGCUGGCAUUAGCAAAAGGUGAUGUCACAUGGGAGAUGUCUAACCUUUGAUAGAAGUGUUAUUCUGUCAAGAUCAGUAAGUAUUUGUUUCAUCUUCCACAAGACUUCUGUUCAUUUUCAGUUAAUAAGAAGAGAAUCCGUAAAAUUUCUGUCCCACGUGGUUAAGACAAAACUUUGACAUACAGUGAAAAUUGUUGCCAGGUCAUCGGCAACUUGAAAAAUACAGAUAAAAUGUAAUAAAUGAACUGCUCUUCUGAACCAAACAACAACAGUACACAAAUGCAUUUCUCCUGGUAGCUUAAUUAAGUGGAUAAACUUUUUAAAAGCAAUUUAGAACCUUUGUGUUGUGAUUUCAUGAGCUCUAAGCAGCAUGAGGGAGACUUCAAACCAAGUGCUGUCUUUUUGGUUUUGUUUUUGUAGUGUGGCUGUGGUGUAAGAGUAGGAAUACAGAUGCACAUUUUGUGACUGUCUUUCAAACCAUUACAUUUUUAUGCACACACACACACACACAAAAUGUCCAGACAGUGUUUCAAGCUGAACUUUGUUUUCAAGAUGCUGUAUUUAAGCUCAAAGGGAAUUGGAAACUCCAAACUCUGCAUCUGUGCGUUUUGCCAUUGGUUACCACUAUCACCCACCUACAAAGCUGUAAUCUGGAAACAGCAAUAUUACAGUGUACUCUUCUGUUCAGGAGGCAGUGGUGAAUUGCUUUUAUGUUUGUCUACAGAUAGAAAGAAAAGUAUGAAUGUUUCCUUGCUUCUCAAUGGGCGGGGGAGGGGAAUAUUAUGAUCUAAGAAUCACAACUUUUUAUAUAAUGUAAUUAGUACAAAAGAUACAGAAUUACAGUCUGACUCUUAGUUCAACAACGAUACCAACUUUCUUUCUUUACAAGUAAGGCAUUCACUUGAUGGAAAGGUGACUGUUUGUGAAUCAUAGAAUCAUAGAAUGGCCUGGGUUGAAAAGGACCAUAAUGAUCAUCGAGUUUCAACCCACCUGCUACGUGCAGGGUCGUCAGCCACUAGACCAGGCUGCCCGGAGCCACAUCCAGCCCGGCCUGGAAUGAUGACUUGUGUUUAUUUGCUGGCUUACAUUAAUGGCUGUAGCUAAGUAAUUCUGGGGAAAGAAAGUACUACAAUGGCAUGAAUCUUCUCUGAUGUAAACAACUAAUUUUUCCACUUCGUGUAGCUGGAGAGCUGGGUGGUUACUAACAUUUUCCUUCCUUUGCUACCAGUAGUCUGGGUAUUUUGAGAUAAAAGAUUGUUUUGCCAGAUCAAACUGCUACCAAAGCUUAGAUACAAUUGUUGCAAAGCUGAGAACAAAUGAAGCAGCUGUUUCAGCCUAGUUUAAACACGAUGAGCAAGCGUAAAGCAUAUUAACUCCAGCUGUGCAUUGAUAACAGCUGGGAAGGGAAAUCACUGCAUGGGAGCCUGGAAGCAAACUUUCAAUUCUAUAGUAUGGGUAACUACUGUGAGUACGCUUCAGAGGGAUGAGGCGGUCUUUGGAAAUGUGGAGGCUUUUGAGAGAUUCUUGUGCUUGAUUUUGUGUAAAUCUGCAGCAGGCUCUGUGGUUGGUGGUAUCAGCUCUGCAGAUUUGCAACACUAAUAAAUUUAUUUUCCAAAAUAACGUGUACAUGUACCAAUAUUCUUCAGGCUACUUCUCAGGUUUUUUCUGUUCAGGUCACUUGCAUCUUGUUCAUUUUGGUCUGUUGAGCACAAAGAGCAGUAUACAAUUAAAGGAAGUAAUUAAGAAUAAUUCUGGAAACAGUUACGUAGUUACUAUAACAAAACUCCAUUAUAUUUCAAACUCGUAUUUUAAAGAUAACAAGUUAAUUCAGGCCUUACACACGAAGCCACAUGAUCUCAGUGACCUUUCAAAACCCAUAGCUUAAAAUACGCAUAACAAUUCUGAGGCAUACUGGUAGAGUCAGUAGGUGUUUGCUGUUUGGUCGUUAUUUGCAGAUUGACACAUCUGAUGAUAACCUUGAGUUGUGUAUAUCCGUGGGGAUACGUGAUGUUAAGCUAGGAAAGUGUGUUUUCUAAGGUAGAUGAAGUAUCUAUAGAAUCUAGAAUCAUCUCCAUUUGGUAUCCAUAUGAAUCUGGGAGAGGGAAGAGAAGACUUUUAAUGAAAGAAAGGUUUAGGUUGAUACUUUGGACAUGAGUAUUAUUUCUGUUUAUCAGUGUUUCUGUGGUUUCCUAGCUGUCUUUUAACAUGCAUACAAACAAAACGACUGCGCUGUUCAAGCUGCAGAUGGGAGUAGCUUCCAUGCUGGCUUAACUUUCAGUAAUUUCCUGUGGCUGAGAUAACCAAGCAAACCUGUGCUAUUUUGUGUAGCUGUCAUCUUCUCUCUUUGCUAUCCCCCUUUCUCUUUCUUGCUACCUUUUUUUCCCCAUCGCUGCUUACAUUCAUGUUCUACUUGGUGUCUUCCUCUAACCUCCAUGGAGCUGGAAUCGUAUCUUGGGUUUGAUAGCUGCAGUGGAUCAUUGAUUGCAGUUUCCUCUAAGUUGCGGCACCAAAAACAAUGGCGAAUGAAUAUAUUAAAAACUGCUGUAAAUGGUGUUUUUAUGUGGAAAAAGAAAAAAGCAAUUCAGUUUCCAUGGCGCAGGAAUCUGAAGCUGUACCCGCAAGCAAGCCAACUAUUGUAGAGCAACCUCCAUUGUCUUCAGUGUCAGUGAAGCGGCAAGUUGGCUGUUCAGAGGAUUAUCUGCUUUCUAAACUGCCCCUGGAUGGGCAGGAGGUACCCUUUGUGGUCCCGCCAUUCAAACUGGCUUACGUACAGCCAAAAAGCCAUCCUAGUACCUCACAUGCUGGAGGAAUUCAAGAAUCUGCCAGAGCUUCUUUUGGUGACCGGAAAGCAGAACUGUGUGGUGUGUACCAGUGGCCCCGCUAUGACGUCUACAACCCAUUCUAUUUGGAGCAUCAUGUUUCACCAGACCAGAUUAGGCGCUUCCAAGCCAAGUCAGAUAAUAGGAAAUUAUAUGGAUCAGUUAGUGAUUUAAGAACUAGUGCUUUGCCUGGAUCACUUGAUUUAAGUCAUUCAAUGUUUGAUCUCAGAAGCCCACCUCAUCGAUUCAUGAAGAGAUAUGAUUCAGUCUCCAGUGUACCUAGCAGCACCUCCUCCAGAAAGGAUUCACAUGGCAGUAACAGGAGUCUGGAUACCAUUACAUUAUCAGGUGAUGAACGAGACUUUGGAAGACUGAAUGUAAAGUUGUGUUACGUUCCUUCUGUGGAGCAGAUCUGGAUCACAGUUUUACAUUGCAAAGGGCUGAGCUGGCCUUCUGGCUGUGGGGAAAAUCCUCGUAUCUAUGUCAAGGGAAUUCUCACGCUGCCCAAGCCUGUGCAGUUCAAAUCCUCUGCCAAGGAGGGCAGCAAUGACAUCGAAUUUAUGGAAACUUUUGUAUUUGCCAUUAAGCUGCAAAGUGUUCAAGCUGUCAGACUGGUAUUUAAAAUCCAGAUGCAGACUCCUAGGAAAAGAACAAUUGGAGAGUGCUCUUUGUCAUUGCGGGAGCUCAGCUCAGAAGAGUCAAAUCAUUGGCUGGAUAUAUCUCCUCCUUCCAAAGCACCUGUGUGCCGCACAGAACUUCAAAUAGGAACUUGUUUUCAAGCAAUAAACAGGAGGAUUCAGUUACAGAUUCUUGAAGCACAAAAUCUUCCAAUUUCAUCUACACCGCUGUCUUUAAGUUUCUUUGUGAAAGUUGGAAUGUUUAGUACAGAAGGGCUGAUCUAUAAGAAGAAGACUCGUCUUGUGAAGUCCACUAAUGGCCAAGUGAAGUGGAGAGAAAUGAUGAUUUUUCCAGUUAGCCAAGCUGAACAAGGAAUCGGUUUUCUCAUCAAACUCUACAGCAGAAGCUCAGUGAGAAGAAAGCACUUUCUAGGACAGGUCUGGAUAAGUUCUGACAGCAAUAACAGUGAAGCAGUAGAGCAGUGGGAAGAUACUAUUGCUAACCCUGAAAAAGUUGUUAUUAAGUGGUACAGCCUUGGUCCAUCUUGAAGACUGGAGAUGAAACUCAGGACUUUUUUUCCACAAAGAUAUUCUUACACUGUUUAAAAUAAUGUUAAUUAAAAAUUGUCUACACAAACUGUUCAAAAGGACUCCACUCUAUCAUGCCUCCGUGUUAACUGGAAAAACUCAAUUUCCUGAAGAGAAAUACUGCCUAAAUACUGUUAAGAGGAAGACUUAGGAAAUGGGAAGAGCACUCAUUCGGUUUUAAAAAGUCCACUUCUUUUUCCCCUUUCAGGAUCUGUAAGAGUAUAGAAAUCCAGUACUGGAGAGGAGGAGUGUGAAUCAGCGUCAUUUGCGCUAGUUAUAGACUUCAUCUUCACAUCUGCAGUCAUGUCUUCGGCGGACUUCACAGCCCAUGGGAAUCAGUCUGGUCAGCCACUUGAUCCUAGGUACCUUUGAGCCUCGGGCCACACCUGUAUUGACAACAUUUGGCCAGAGUAAUGUGUGCCUCAGCAGGUGGGAAAGCUGUGGCUGUAACAGGAGGCCUAAAGGGAACUGUGCAAUAAUGCAGCACCCAAAGGCUUUUCUAAUCUCUGCCUCCAACGAAGAGUUGGUCAGUGCACCGACAUGCCAGUAUCUUGGGUUUUCAUCCAUCCUUCUCUCUAUUCUAAACAGAGGAACUGAAAGAUAAAAGUUUCUCUGACGAUUUGUAAUCUUCUCAAGUGGGGCCCUCCAGCCUCACUGUUUUGUGACUGCUGGAAGAAAUAAGGGGAACACUGUUAUAGAGGUAUUGGAUUUGCCUAGGAUCAGAGCUGGGGUUUUUUUUGGUGUUUUUUUGUUUUUAAUAAAUUAGUUUAUUAUGCAUAGUUCUUACAUGUAAAUGACUUCCUAUCUAAUCAACACUGUUUUACCAUUUGCUUACUUUACUAAAAGCCAGACUGAUGUUCUUAAGGAGUGGGCAAAUAUUUACUGAUGAAGUGUGUGUUUCUCACUUGUUUCAAGCAAGAAGAGAUUACCAUAUUUUUAUUGCAAAUGAUAUUUUUCCUACCAAAUCCUAAGAUUAUUUUUCUACUAUUCCCCAUAUUUUCUGGAGUCUAUUCAUAGUUAUUUUUAAGGGGGGAAAAAUGCUGAUUAUGUAAUAGAUAAUAUGUGCAUCUAAAAGCAAAGACGCCUUUGCACUACAUUAACUACUGGAUUGAACAAAAAUAUAUUCCAUUAAAUCCAUCACACAUCUAAUGCUGGCUGUCUGAGCGGCUCAAAUAUGUGUUUGUGUAGACACUGAAUAACAGUAUCUUUUUUAUAACUUGGAACCCAUUCAAACAUCUGACACAAGAACUGGAGUGGUGGUGAGAGCACUCACUGCUUGAAGGCAAAGGAACAGCGGGGGGCAGAGAAAGCACUGAAACAGGAAGGCAUGUUGUUUUUAAGCACAGAGCGCUUCUUUAUUUUGGCCUUUCCGAUUUCAAAUAAAGGCCAAGAAAAGAAAUGGAAUCUCUUCAAUUCUUUUUCAGUUGUUAAUUAGAGCUUUUAAAAUUUCAGCUAUCUAGAUUUUUUUUUUUUUUUUUUUUUAUGAUUUUUAAACUAGGGAAAACCCUUUUGUUUGCCCAGGUCAUACAUGAUCAUCUUUUGCACAUGUUCUUAUAUAUGAACUGAAAUGGUUUUUGCAUGUUAUUUGGAGAACAGACAUUGGUUUUUACUUUGACGGAUGCUCCUUGCAAAGCUCCCAGUUGGCCCAGUGGAUCCGGACGGGAGAUCGUAGUAUCAUAAAAUGGUCUGGGUUGAAAAGGACCACAAUGAUCAUCUAGUUUCAACCCCCCUGCUAUGUGCAGGGAGAUGUCAACGUCCAUCCAGUUACAGUUCUUGAGAUGAGCCUGGCCUGCUGCGUAAAAUGAAAAAAGGAAUUGGACUAAGUUGACGUUCUUGGAGUGUCUCUACUUGAAUACAGGGAUCUUUCUAUUCAUUGUGGCUGUACUGCAGUAAACAAAAGUGCGAACUAACUGUUUCCUUAUGCAAAAUGCUGUUCUGUUUGAAAGAGGACAGGGAAUAUUCCAGUGUUUUUGGAGGCUUCAAUUACCACAAAAGCAGCUCUGCGAUGAUUGCCAACUCAGUGGAUAUUGUGUAAAAUGAACUUUGUUGGCUGUUUUAGGAUGCUGAGCCUUUUGGAGGCCUAACUAGUAAUGUCUCAUUUUUCCUAUGUUAAUAUUUAAUCUGUGUUUAUAAUAAAAGUUAUAAACACAAAAUGA